AUGACCUCCACUGCCCCCGCAUCUGCACCGCGCGCCGCCGUCUGCGUCAUCGCCAACGAAGUGCUCACUGGGAAGACUCUCGACACCAACUCCAACUUCAUCGCCAAGCUCAUGUUCCGUCGGGGUCUCGACCUCAAGCGCGUCGUGGUCAUCCCCGACGAGGAAGACGCAAUCAUCGAGACAGUCAAGGAGCUGUCUGCGUUCGUGGGGCCAACGGGCUACGUCUUCACGACGGGAGGCAUCGGCCCCACGCACGACGACAUCACCUACGAGAGCAUCGCGAAGGCGUUCGGUGUGGGUGUUGCGCUGCACGAGCCGACAAUGGCCGCCAUGAAGAAGUUUGGGGAGGAAAAGUACCCCGGCGUCCCGUUCGACGAUAGUGUCAAGCGCAUGGCGAUUUUACCUGAAGGGUGCAAGAUUUUGCACGGGUCUGGGUGGACGCCGAUCGUUGUCGUGGAGAACGUGUACAUUUUGCCCGGUAUCCCAUCCAUGGUCAAGGACAUGCUGACCUGCAAUGAGGAGCACUUUGUCGGGGUACCGAUCCACCGUGUCAUUGUGAGCACAUUGGAAUACGAAAGCAGCAUCGCUGCACCCUACAAAGCCUUGCAAAAGGAGCACCCGAACGUUGCCCUGGGCAGCUACGUGAAUUUGACCGAGGAAAAGACUGGCACGCGCGAUACAAGCUUCAACACACGCCUCACUGUGGAAGGUCGGAGCGCUGAGGAGGUGAAGGAGAUUGGAAACAAGCUGAUCGAGUUGUUCAAGGGCAAGAUCGUGGAUCCCAGCACGGCCGUGUAA